UCAAAACCCAGGCUUAUUUAUAGAUUACACUGGACAAAUGAUAAAAAACAUGUACAGGCUUAUGCGCAAUGCUGGUGAUGGUAUUGAGCCACCAAAGAAAAUACUAAAUGCGAUGAUGGUUCUGAAAUCUGGUGAUUCAAGACUUGAAGCGGAGGCACCACCCGUUCUGGUUGCUGAAUUUAUAACUGCAGACCUAUCUGCUGACCAUCUGGCAACCUGUUUACAGAAACUUCGAAAAGAUGACUAUGAUAUAUUUCAUUCAAAUGUGGUUCCAUACAAACAGACUGUGCAAGAGGAAUCCUGA